AUGGCGAAGUGGGGAGAAGGUGAUCCCAGGUGGAUUGUUGAAGAAAGAGCAGAUGCAAAAAACGUUAAUAACUGGCACUGGUCAGAUAAAGAUGCAACCGGCUGGUCUAUAAAUAAGAUAAAAGAGCUACUGAAAGGUUCUAAGAUUGAAAAUGAUUUAUAUGCUUGUAAAGUCACUGAAAUUUCUAAACUUGAUGGGGAGGCUAAUGUUUAUGUCCGAAAGGGAAAGUUAAUGUGCUUUUACGAGUGGGAGAUUGUGAUUGACUGGGAGGGAAUAGUGAAAAGUUCGGAAGACAAGGCGAAAAUUGUAGGAAAAGUGGAAGUUAUAAGUCUGAUUGAUGAAUACGGUGUAAAUAAAUGUGAUACUAAUACGAGCUGGAAUUCUUCCAGCACUGAUGGUGAUUUAGUUGGGAGUUUUAUGAAGUCAAAUGGUGUUGAUUUUAUUAAAUCCAAAUUGGAUAAAUACAUCACAUUACUUAAAGAAGAUUAUGCUCAAGGUCUUAUCCUCCCAUCAAAGAAUGGUGCCAACGUGAAUCCUGCUGGUACAACACGGUCUGGCGCGGCUCUAGAUAAAACAACCAACAAAGCUUUCCAUACCGCCGAUGGAAUCAAAGAACCUAAAGACCUGUCAAACAGAGAUCUUUCAAUCACAGAUGAGUUCUUCUGUACUCCGGAUGACCUUUACAGAGUUCUCACUACUAAAGAGUUAGUUAAAGCUUUUACACGAUCUGAGGCCACUGUGGACCCAGUUGUUGGUGGAGCAUAUUCAGUCUUCAGUGGAAACAUUACAGGAAUCUUCGAUUUGCUAGAUCCUGGUAAAAGUAUUCAAAUGAGAUGGCGUAAACGUGAUUGGCCCGAGAACCACUACAGCUCAUUGACUUUGAAAAUAAAUGCUUUUGAAGGUGGAACACGCCUUAUUUUAACACAAAAAGAUGUUCCUGCUUAUGACUUGGAAAAUACCCGCGACGGAUGGCUCACUAUCUUCCUUUCUGCACUGAAACAAACUUACGGAUAUGGUGGACGUAUGUUUUAA